AUGUCGCUUCCGAAAUUCAAGGUGGUCCUUGUUGGCGACCAGUCCGUUGGCAAAACGGCCGUUGUGGUGCGGUAUCUGAAAAACACGUUCGAGGAGAAGGCAGAGGCAACCAUUGGAAUGGACUUCCAGACAAAGACUGUACAGUUGCUAAGUGGGAGCCAGAUUCGCCUGCAGCUUUGGGACACAGCCGGGCAGGAGCGGUUUCGCAGCCUGGUGAACGGAUACAUCCGUGAUGCAGCUGCGGCAGUUGUGUGUUAUGAUGUUACCAACCGCGGAUCGUUUGAAAGCACCACCCAGUGGAUUGAGGAGGUUCGUCAGUCUCGUGGUGACGAUGUCCUAGUGUAUCUAGUGGGCAACAAGGUCGAUCUUGCAGAGGGCCGCCAGGUCUCGCGUGCCGAGGGCGAGGCGAAGGCGGCCGAGGCAGCUUGGCGAAAGUUGGGCGAAGCUAAGUGGGCUCGUGGGAUGGGCUGGGAGGGUGGAGGGUGCUUGCAGGAGUUGCGAGUUGCAGCCACGAGCUUGUGUGCAAGCGCAGGUGAAGGGCCGCUUUGCUGA